ACAAUGCGCUUUUUAUACGAUAAAGGGUUGGUGACGGGGGAAAAAAAGAGUAGUGCUAACUUGUGAUAGUAGCAUUUCUGUUUCAAGUGCGUUAAACCGGUUGUUAACGUAUUUUGCAGCCUCUGUGGCGACUGGCGGCGCAAUGGAAGCGAAGAAGAGAAAGCGAAACUUAAACCUCCGUCCGAAGGAGUGAAAACAAAAGACUCUCCAGGUUUCUCACCUCAGUUUGGCGAGAGUCAGUAUCACAACUUUGCAUCUGCAGACUAGGCUACUUUAAAAACGAUGGGCACCAGGGAACAGCUACAGGAGCUCCUGUCAGAGUAUGUAGAAGACACGCUUAUCUGCAUUUCAACAGUGAGGGAGUUCUGUGACAAACAACAAAAAUGGUCCCUUCAGAGAGAGACAGAGCUGGAUAACAUGAGAGACAUCAAGGACAGAGUUGACCAGGUCAGCCUUAAGUUUGACCAUGUUAAGCGCUCCGAGAACAAAGCCAAGGCGUUUGGGGAAUACCUGUGGAGUGGUUUAACUCAAGUCACAGCUGACUCCAGAUACCUGGAGUUGGAGAAGGAACUGGGCGCCGUCCUGAAGGACACGCUUGAGGGGCUGGAGAAACUUGAUCACUUUCUGGAUGCAAUGGAGAAGCUCACAGUGACCUCCCUCUUUGUCUUCAUUGGACAGAGCUUCUUGCCAAAAGAAGCGAGUCCUGAAAGUGUGCGUUCAGUCAUCACAGCUGCCAGAAUGGCUUCUCCUCUCCUCAUCCACUUUAAACGAAAUGCAGAAACUUUCUUCCUUCCUUCACUCAAUAAUCUGGAUGUCCUGGCCUUUCAACUAGACAAAUACAUACGUAUCACUGAACAAAUCUGUGAGAAGAUGGAGAAAAAAUCUAAGAGUGUGUUUUGGUUUGAAGAUAUCCAUAGUCUUAAGAAGGGUGAGCCUGUAGUGAAGUUCAGCUUGAACUUAAGUGAGGACUCCAUGCAAAAAAUGCUUGAUCAUUUGAAGCAGCUGUGCAAAAUAAGGAUGGACCAGCACACCAGACUGACCUUCAUUUUUCAGGAGCAUGCUCAGCCCUUCAUUGGUGUAUUUAGUCAGCGUUGCUCUAGGAUGGAGCAGUUUCUGUCAGAUCUGGAGGAGAGCGCAGUUCAGUUGGACAGGAUGAAGAUGGGAGCCAGUAUCUCCACUGUGGCUGGCAGUUCAGUGGGCAUAGCAGGGGGAGUCUUGUCCAUCGUUGGUCUUGCUCUUGCUCCCGUCACUGCAGGAGUGUCGCUGGCUCUGACGCUGACUGGUGUCAGUCUAGGGAUGACCAGUGGAGUAAAUAGUGUCGUCACAGGCAUCACUGAGGCAGCAGUCAACAGCCAUCAUGGGAAAAAUGCGCAGAACAUUUUCCAGAGAUACAUGGAUGAUGUGGGGAAGAUUCUAGACUGUCUGGAGCAGGCCAGUAAUGAGGAGCGUUUAGAAGGGCUUGAUGUUGUAGACAUGUUUGGAGCUGGAAAGUUGAUAGCUCGUGCAGGAGGCGUGGCCAAAGGUAUUGAUGCCCUGGUAGAUGCAGCUUCAGCUGUCAAGGUUCUCAAAACUGAGGAGGUGAUUGCGACUGCAGCCAAGGUUGGGCUCCAGGAGGCGCAAAGUGCUCGGAGCAUUCCCAAACUGGCUGCAGACCUGCCCGACAUUGGGCAGCUGGCGAAAGGGACGCCACUAGCGCUUUCAAAGUCUGCUAGAGCUGGAUUUAUCACUCUAAAUGCCCUCUUCAUUGGCUUAGAUGUCCUAUUUAUUUGCAAAGACAGCAUAAGUCUGGCCAAAGGAAGCAAGAGUGAAGCCUCUCAACUCAUCCGCUCCAGAGCAGCUCUGUGGAAAUCUGAGCUGGAGGCCUGGCAGAAGAUCCAUGAUUCCUUAUGCAUUGGGAUAUGGAGGUUUAGGAGGAGCCAGGAAGUGGUGGAGCAACUCUUUCUGCCUUAAAUUGGUUAUUUGCUGCUAAAGUACUUUUCAAUAUUCAAGAAGAAUUGAGAUAAACAUUAAACCAUCCAUUCCUGUUAGAUCUUCUGUCCUGGAACACUAAUCUGUUAUCAACAUUUAUGUCUUUUUAAGCUUUCUGACUUGUUAAUAAUUCAUUUUAGUAAAAAUGUAAGCACAUAAUACAUGAAUGUUAAUAUAUAUAUAUAUAUAUAUAUAUAUAUAUAUAUAUAUAUAUAUAUAUAUAUAAA